UUCCUGUCCUCAAAACUAAAGACGACUUGGACCGAAUACUGGAGCUUCCUCGACGACUUUGCUGAUCUGCGUACAGACUACGGUCUCGCCGCCCUGGAUGCCUAUUUGGCACCGUUCUACCAAAAUGACAAUCCACAGCGCGCCAUGCCUGUAGCAAACUCGGUGUCGCUUAACCGUACACUCUUUGACGAUCAUGGGCCGACGACGACCACCACCACUCAGGACUCGUGCGAGACUCCGGAGCAAGAAGCUACAGCAGUUGCUGUACAAACUUCCAGUACGCCAAUAAAGAGGAGUAUUCCGAGCACGUCAUCCCAACCAGAUGGCAUUGACGGCGACUCCAUGGACCACUGGACCGUCUACCGGGAAGACCGCAACCCAAUUCAUGUCCUUGCGGACAGUCUCGAAGACAGUUCCUCCUCAAGCUGCACCAGUGAUUGCAGGUAG